GCAGCUGCAGGCCCCCACCACCCUCCAUGGCGCCCCUGGCCUUGGUGGGGUUCGUGCUGCUCCUGGGGACUCCCCUGUGCUGGGGGGCAGCCACCCCAACCCCCUCCAUGCCACCGCUCCCAACCAAUGAGAGCGACACCAGCACGGAAGGGUGCCAGGGCUCCAACCGCUGUCAACCGGGAGUCCUGCUUCCCGUGUGGGAGCCGGAUGACCCCUCACUGGGCGACAAGGCUGCACGGGCCGUGGUCUACUUUGUGGCUAUGGUCUAUAUGUUCCUGGGGGUGUCCAUCAUUGCCGACCGCUUCAUGGCGUCCAUCGAGGUCAUCACGUCUAAGGAGAAGGAGAUCACCAUCACCAAGGCCAACGGGGAGACGAGCGUGGGCACGGUGCGCAUCUGGAACGAGACGGUGUCCAACCUCACGCUAAUGGCCCUGGGCUCCUCAGCGCCCGAGAUCCUCUUAUCGGUCAUCGAGGUCUGUGGACACAACUUCCAGGCGGGCGAGCUGGGCCCCGGCACCAUCGUGGGCAGCGCUGCUUUCAAUAUGUUCGUGGUCAUCGCCGUGUGCAUCUAUGUCAUCCCAGCCGGGGAGAGCCGCAAGAUCAAGCACCUGCGUGUCUUCUUCGUCACGGCCUCCUGGAGCAUCUUUGCCUACGUGUGGCUUUAUCUCAUCCUCGCCGUCUUCUCCCCAGGGGUGGUCCAGGUGUGGGAGGCGCUGCUGACGCUCGUCUUCUUCCCGGUGUGCGUGGUGUUCGCCUGGAUGGCCGACAAGCGGCUGCUCUUCUACAAAUACGUGUACAAGCGCUACCGCACCGACCCGCGCAGCGGCAUCAUCAUCGGCGCAGAGGGGGACCCGCCCAAGAGCAUUGAGCUGGACGGCACGUUCGUGGGCGCCGAAGUGCCGGGAGAAGUCGGGGCCCUGGGCCCGACCCCCGCCGAGGCCCGCGAGCUGGACGCCAGCCGCCGCGAGGUCAUCCAGAUCCUCAAGGACCUCAAGCAGAAGCACCCCGACAAGGACCUGGAGCAGCUGGUGGGCAUCGCCAACUACUAUGCCCUGCUGCACCAGCAAAAGAGUCGCGCCUUCUACCGCAUCCAGGCCACGCGCCUCAUGACGGGCGCAGGCAACGUGCUGCGCCGCCACGCGGCCGACGCCUCGCGCCGGGCCAGCCCCUCCGACGACGCGGGUGAAGACGAAGACGACGGCGCCAGCCACAUCUUCUUCGAGCCCAGCCUCUACCACUGCCUGGAGAACUGUGGCUCUGUGCUGUUGUCUGUGGCCUGCCACGGCGGCGAGGGCAACAGCACCUUCUACGUGGACUACCGCACUGAGGACGGGUCGGCCAAGGCUGGCUCAGACUAUGAGUACAGCGAAGGGACGCUGGUGUUCAAGCCCGGUGAGACCCAGAAGGAGCUGCGCAUUGGCAUCAUCGACGAUGACAUCUUCGAGGAGGACGAGCACUUCUUCGUGCGGCUGCUGAACCUGCGCGUGGGCGACGCACAGGGCAUGUUCGAGCCCGACGGCGGCGGGCGGCCCAAGGGCCGGCUGGUGGCGCCACUGCUGGCCACCGUCACCAUCCUGGACGACGACCACGCGGGCAUCUUCUCCUUCCAGGACCGCCUGCUGCACGUGAGCGAGUGCAUGGGCACCGUGGACGUGCGCGUCGUGCGCAGCUCAGGCGCGCGCGGCACCGUGCGCCUGCCCUACCGCACGGUGGAUGGCACAGCGCGCGGCGGCGGCGUUCACUACGAGGACGCGUGCGGAGAGCUCGAGUUCGGUGACGACGAGACCAUGAAAACUCUGCAGGUGAAGAUAGUUGAUGAUGAGGAGUAUGAGAAGAAAGAUAAUUUCUUCAUCGAGCUGGGUCAGCCACAGUGGCUUAAGCGAGGGAUUUCAGCCCUGCUCCUCAACCAAGUGGAUGGAGACCGGAAGCUGACAGCUGAGGAGGAGGAGGCCCGACGGAUCGCCGAGAUGGGCAAACCUGUCCUGGGGGAGAACAGCCGUCUAGAGGUCAUCAUCGAGGAGUCGUACGAUUUCAAGAACACGGUAGACAAGCUCAUCAAGAAAACCAACCUGGCGUUGGUGAUUGGGACCCAUUCCUGGCGGGAGCAGUUUUUAGAAGCGAUUACGGUGAGCGCAGGGGACGAGGAGGAGGAGGAGGACGGGACCCGGGAGGAGCGGCUGCCAUCCUGCUUUGACUACGUCAUGCACUUCCUGACGGUGUUCUGGAAGGUUCUGUUCGCCUGUGUGCCCCCCACGGAAUACUGCCACGGCUGGGCCUGCUUCGGCGUCUGCAUCCUGGUCAUAGGCCUGCUCACAGCCCUCAUCGGGGACCUCGCAUCCCACUUUGGCUGCACUGUGGGUCUCAAGGACUCUGUCAAUGCUGUGGUCUUCGUGGCUCUGGGCACCUCUAUCCCUGACACGUUCGCCAGCAAGGUGGCUGCGCUGCAGGACCAGUGCGCGGACGCGUCCAUCGGCAACGUGACGGGUUCCAACGCAGUGAACGUGUUCCUGGGCCUGGGUGUGGCCUGGUCGGUGGCCGCCGUGUACUGGGCAGUGCAGGGCCAGCCCUUCCAGGUGCGCACCGGAACCCUGGCCUUCUCGGUCACGCUCUUCACCGUCUUCGCCUUUGUGGGCAUCGCGGUGCUGCUGUACCGGCGCCGGCCACACAUCGGCGGCGAGCUGGGUGGCCCGCGUGGGCCCAAGCUGGCCACCACGGCACUCUUCCUGGGCCUCUGGUUUCUCUACAUCCUCUUCGCCAGCCUGGAGGCCUACUGCCACAUCCGCGGCUUCUAGGGCGCCCCCUCCUCGCCAUGGACUGG